GUGGACGCCAUAAUGCACAAUGACCCACUGCAAGCUUUCCUUCAGGAUCGGACUCCAAACUCCACCCCAGAAUCCAUCAAAGGAUCCCCCUUGAUGUUGCUGGAAGACACCUGCAAUCGCAUCAGCCAUUCCUGUGCCUCCGGAUCCACUCACGUCCCGUAUGAAGGUUCACCACCCAAGCUCUUCCAUCCCUGGAGAAGUGACGCUUCCACACAUGCAGCGUUCUCCUCUGGCUGUGGCACGAGGCUGUCCCAGCACUUCCAGACCUCAUUAAACCCACACCACGACGUGCCACUGACACCUCCAGCUGAACACUAUGACUUCUCACCGCUGAAGAUGUUGCCGUGUCCAUCAGCAUCCUCCUCAUACGCUUCUCUUCCCACGUCAGUUUCAGCUUACGCACCCACACACACUGGACUUGUGCAUCAUCCGCAGAGGCAAUUGGCUCGGGAGGAUAUACAAUGGUGGACCCUACAAGACGCCGGUGUCUCCUCAACACAUCAUUUUCAGCGGAUCCCCCGCGGGUGGGUUCUGGGUCACCCGGAGCUCAGCCAGUACCAGUCCCAAAUCGCCACCCUGCUAAACUCCAAGUCUCGGAAAAGCCGGAGAUGCAUGUGCCCAAACUGCCAGAAGAGCACGGGCGCGCCGGGCAGGAGAAAGCAGCACGUGUGCCACAUGCCGGGCUGCGGGAAGGUGUACGGAAAGACGUCGCACCUGAAGGCACACCUGAGGUGGCACACAGGUGAGCGGCCGUUCGUGUGCACCUGGAUGUUCUGCGGGAAGAGCUUCACGCGCUCCGAUGAGCUCCAGAGACACCUGCGCACACACACCGGAGAGAAGCGCUUCACCUGCCCGGACUGCAACAAACGCUUCAUGCGCAGUGACCAUCUGGCCAAACACCUGAAGACACACCUGAUGAGGAAGAGCAGACCACUGUAUCCCGUGCUGGAUCACAUCAGCGAAACUCUUGAGCAGAAGUCUUAGAUUGUUUAAAGCGAGCACUUCAUGAAGUAAUGGGAGAGCAGGGCUUGUUGUC